UCUUAUAUCAAACGAUGUGGAUAUCGUAUCUUCUGCUGUUUGCUGGGACACUCCACCUCGGAAGUGGUACAGCGGGAAAUUGUUGUGAGCUCGAUACCUCUAUCAACGCUCCAAUCAACGAACUCAAGAGCAUCGAAGUUACAUGCAAUCCCGGCUUUUUCACCCCCUGUAAAUGGACUGUCAUGGCCCCGCCAGGAGCAGUGAUAGGAGUGGAGAUCAGUUCGGUCAUUGUUGGAACUACUACUACAGUAGUAUAUAAGAACGACGCUGGAAAUAUUUUGGGGACAUUUACUUCUACCAACCAAAUUAUUCCUUUAAGAGUCGCUGGCCAAUUUUUUACCGUCGAAAUUACUACAGCACCGCUGAACACACCCCCUUCCGGAGGAGAGGUGCUGAAUUUUAAAUACCUAGCCAUCACUUCACCAGCUCCUGACUCAGCUGCUGCAUGCUCUUCGGGGGAGACAAUAUCACUGGAUACGGUUACUGGUGGCGAAACAUGUAUCGCUUCCCCUAAUUUCCCGGAUGAUUAUCCAUUAGCAAGAACAACAUGUAGAUGGCGUAUCGAAACAAGUGAUACAAUCGAGUACAACGUUAUUUUUUUUCACACGGAGCGCAGCGACACCUGUCAAUACGAUUUCGUGAAGAUCACCGUUGCUGGAUCUACAGGACCACCACAAUGUGAUAGACAACUCCAAGGUGUGACCCAGACGGGCCUGGCCAGUCCUGUGGAAGUGAAAUUCACAUUUGAUGACUACAAAAGCUUUCCCGGGAUUUUCAUUUGUUUGAAAAAAAUCGGUAAAUAA